AUGGUCUAUUUGUCAUUAUCGAUGACUUCUGCAUUCGGUGCUUUAAUACCGAUAGAUCAACAGCAAUGCCUCUUCCUUACAGCCAUUCUACGACCCUUUAUUUUAAAUGUAUUCGACGACGAUAGCCAAGGUUGCUCCUUCUCCGACCUAAUUACGGUACAGUUUGCUGGUGAUGUCUUUGGGCCCAUUUGUACGCUUAAUUAG